CGUUUCUACGCUCUGGCGUCACGUGAUGCGCGAGGAGUUUUGACCCUUGACAGGUUCUAGUGUGCCGCUUUAUGAUGGAGGAUCACAUGCAGUGCACGAUCUGCUUGGAUCCGUUUAAAUUCCCAGUGACAAUACCGUGCGGUCACACUCUCUGCAAGGAAUGCAUCUCCAAGUUCUGGGAUGGCAAAGAAAAAGACAGUCAAGACCUUCUUUGUCCUGUUUGUAAAGAGAAGUUCCCCACAAGACCUCAGCUCAAUCGUAAUGUUUCUCUGUCAGUUUUAAUGGAAGCGGUGACCGCAAACAGCCCAACGAAGAGAGAUGUGUUCACAGGAGCUGCGGUCAACAUGAAGCCAGAGGAGUUCUGUGAGCGCCACCAGAAACCGCUGGUCAUUUACUGCAGGAACGACCGCAUGUGUGUUUGCUAUGAGUGUUCUGUGAACGAGUGUAAGGGACACGAUCAGAUUUUGGUGGAAGAAGAACGAAAGAAUCGAGAGGUGUGCCGCUUUAUGAUGGAGGAUCACAUGCAGUGCACGAUCUGCUUGGAUCCGUUUAAAUUCCCAGUGACGAUACCGUGCGGUCACACUCUCUGCAAGGAAUGCAUCUCCAAGUUCUGGGAUGGCAAAGAAAAAGACAGACAAGACUUUCUUUGUCCUGUUUGUAAAGAGAGGUUCCCCACAAGACCUCAGCUCAAUCGUAAUGUUUCUCUGUCAGUUUUAAUGGAAGCGGUGACCGCAAACAGCCCAACGAAGAGAGAUGUGUUCACAGGAGCUGCGGUCAACAUGAAGCCAGAGGAGUUCUGUGAGCGCCACCAGAAACCGCUGGUCAUUUACUGCAGGAACGACCGCAUGUGUGUUUGCUAUGAGUGUUCUGUGAACGAGUGUAAGGGACACGAUCAGAUUUUGGUGGUAGAAGAACGAAAGAAUCGAGAGGCAGGACUGAGGAAAAAGUGUAUGGAAAUCAAGAAACACCAGGAAGCCACAGAAAGAAGCCUGCUAGAGCUCACAGAAAACAUGUCACAAGCCAAGGUAUCUCUCCAGCAGAUGUCUCACUGGGUGAAUAGCAAGUUCUCUCAGCUGAUGAAGGUGCUGGCAGAGAAACAGGAAGUGACGCAGCUCUUUUUGGAGCAGCAGCAGGAAUUGACAGUGUUGCAGGCAGAAGAGAGGUUGGCAGAGCUCCAGGAGAGAACAGAGAAACUUGCAGCCCUGCAGGAGGAGAUCAGCAGCAUGUGUUCACUCCCUCACUGUCAGCUCAUCAAGGACUCCAGGUUCAUAGUGGUCCCUCAGUUCAGUGAAGUUGCUGUGGACGUAAACACAAGCGUUCUGGAGAAGCUGAACCCCGUCACUGAAGUUCUGACUCGCGUCACUAAACUGGUGUGUGAAGAUCUGGUGAGAGCUGCACAGGUUAUCGGAGGACAGGACAAAGAGAGCUCUCCUCAAGAUAAAAGGCCCAUUCUGGCUGUUGUUCCAAGCCCUGCAACACUGUCAUAUCCAGCAGAGAGUGAGGGGCUAUCUGCAUACCGUUGCAAUCUGACCUUUGACCCUCGCACCGCCAGCGCUCACUUGCGCCUUUCCCAGAGCAACAGGAGGGCGGAGCAUCUCACCUCUGGGCCCCGCCCCGUCCCAGCCGACGAGUCCCGCUUUGACCACACUUGGCAGGUAUUGUGUUUCCAACGCUUUAUGCACGGCCAGCAUUACUGGGAGCUGGAGGUGUCCAAACCAUGGGCAUAUGUUGGUGUGACGUAUCCGAACAUCCCACGCAAAGAGAAAGGCAAGCGCUGCAUGGUGGGCAUGAAUGAGCUGUCGUGGAGCCUGCAGCUCUAUGAACGGCAGCUGAGCGCAUGGCAUGCCGGCUGCAGGGAGCCCGUCACAGGUCAGCUGCAGUUGAACUCGCAGCCACUGCGCAUCGGAAUGCUCCUGGACUAUGAAGCCGGAACGUUAACCUACUAUGGCGAGGGACAGGUUCGGCUGCACGCCUUUCACUACGCAUUUUCACAAGCACUGUUACCGGCAUGCUGGAUUGGGGAAGGUGUCAGUAUUACACUCUGCGAUCCCAGAGACUGAAAAUAUUUACUAAUAAUAUUGUUGAUCUUUUUCCUGUUACUUACUCCUAAUAGGUUGUUUUGAGGAAAUAGAUGCUUUUUCUGCUAGGAUCCAUUUUCCUUGCGGAAAUAAAUGCAUUUCUUUGUUAGGAUCCCUUUCCUUGAGGAAGUAGAUGGAUUUCCCUUCUAGGAUCCCUUUUCCUUGGGGAAGUAGAUACAUUUCUUUGUAAGGAUCCCUUUCCUUGUGGAAGUAGAUGGAUUUCCCUACUAGGAUCGUUUUCCUGGACGAAAUAGAUGCAUUUCCCUGUUAGGAUUCCUAAUGUAGGUGAACGUGAGAACUGUGGCCUUUUUUCGCCACCAUUUCUUCCUUUUGUUUGUGAGCAGUGGUGAGACUUGAUUGGCUCAGGAUUCCCUGGAUGGUGCAGUAAAAGCUUUGGUUUGGGUUGGUCAUUGAAUAAUUGUGUAUUGAUGAAUCUGCCUGUGCACACUUGGGGGCAGUUCACACGGGACAUCUGUCUGCAUUGUUUUUUCUAUGUAAAAAUACGCUAGAAUGGAUGUCUUCAACCGUUGCAACAUGUCUCGCUGCUUUUCCAGUUUCUUUAACAUGAGCAAAAAGUUUUUAAGAUGCUGUGUCAAGGUAAAAACGGUUCUUUUAAAAACUCGUCUCAAGACAUUAGUUUCGUUUUUUUAAGUGCAAGAAUGUGUUCUGUUAAGGGGCCAUUCCCACAUGCAACUGGUUGCAGCGGCAAGGCAACUAGAAUCGUUUAUUUGUGUGGUGAUUUGCGUCUAAGAGAAAUCAAUUCAUUCCUGCUGUCUCUACGAUUUACAUUUGACAUUUUUAACAUUCAGAAUCAGGUCAUGUUUCAUCAUCUAUUUGCCUGCAGUUGAGCAAGACAAACAAGUAUCAUGUGGUCAUUUACAUGUCCUGUUUUCCUGUGGCUUCAGGUUCUGUUAACUGUGAAUUGUACUUCCACUGUAUGUUUUAUUAGUAUUGAUUUUUUAUUUAUUUAUUUUUUUUACAGAGUUUAACAACCCAACUACUGUACAUCGUUGUGUGCAUCAUUUCUCAUGGCAUACUUUUCAAAUAUUGAUAUCUGUGGGAAAAAAAGUUCAAUUACAUACUCUAACAAAUUUUUUAGGAUUGGCUAUGUUCAGAAUGGAAUACUAGAGCACUGCAUACUGUGUCGUAUGUACGUUUUUUUUUUUUUUUAUAUACAAUUAAAAAUUGUAAUAUACAGUUGUGCUCAAAAGUUUGCAUAACCUGGCAGAAAUUGUGAAAUUUUGGCAUUGAUUUUGAAAAUAUGACUGAUCAUGCAAAAAACCUGUCUUUUAUUUAAGGAUAGUGAUCAUAUGAAGCCAUUUAUUAUCACAUAGUUGUUUGGCUCCUUUUUAAAUCAUAAUGAUAACAGAAAUCACCCAAAUGGCCCUGAUCAAAAGUUUACACACCCUUGAAUGUUUGGCCUUGUUACAGACACACAAGGUGACACACAGGUUUAAAUGGCAAUUAAAGGUUAAUUUCUCACACCUGUGGCUUUUUAAAUUGCAAUUAGUGUCUGUGUAUAAACAGUCAAUGAGUUUGUUAGCUCUCAUGUGGAUGCACUGAGCAGGCUAGAUACUGAGCCAUGGGGAGCAGAAAAGUACUGUCAGAAGACCUGUGUAACAAGGUAAUGGAACUUUAUAAAGACGGAAAAGGAUAUAAAAAGAUAUCCAAAGCCUUGAAAAUGCCAGUCAGUACUGUUCAAUCACUUAUUAAGAAGUGGAAAAUUCAGGGAUCUCUUGCUACCAAGCCAAGGUCAGGUAGACCAAGAAAGAUUUCAGCCACAACUGCCAGAAGAAUUGUUCGGGAUACAAAGAAAAACCCACAGGUAACCUCAGGAGAAAUACAGGCUGCUCUGGAAAAAGACGGUGUGGUUGUUUCAAGGAGCAGUCAUAUUUUCAAAAUCAAUGCCAAAAUUUCACAAUUUCUGCCAGGGUAUGCAAACAUUUGAGCACAACUGUACACUAACUACCAACAGGUCAAAUUUGUGCUCGGUGUUGGGAGAUUGUUAGAAUAUUCUUCAAUAUUAAAGAAAUCCUUGUGGGCUGCAUAAGUAUAGGGAAAACUGGAAAAGCACAUUCAUUGGGAAUAAUAGUCAUUCCGAGAAGUCUUUUAUAUCUCCUGGUACUAGUUUUGACAGGUUGUCUCUUGUUGGAUUGGAUCACUGAUGUUCUGAGAGACCGGACUGAUGAACUUGAACUAAUCUUGACUCUGUUCCCUCAUCAAGUCAUGAACAUGAAGACAAGACGUCCAUUAAAGACUCUUCAUCAAACUCAAAUGAGACUGUUCACGUGUACAUGUUUACUUUAAUAAAAUACACUCAUUUGAAUAAGACAA